CAGCGGCGUGGUGGAGAAUAGAGGCGGCUGCUUGUCAUGCAGCCCACGGCGUGGCGGCUGCGGGCCGGGGACUGGCGGCGGCGGGGGAGGCGGCGCCCACAGCACUUGGGACUCAGCUGCCGGAGGGACAAACUAACUUCCUGAGCGCGGGACCUGAGGCCGGCGCGGCCGGGAGCCACCUGCAGCCUGCGGUGAGGCGACCCUGGCCCUCGGGGCGAGCGGCAUGGCGCGGGGAAGCGGGCCGUGCUGAGCGACCCCCUCCGACAGACCCGCGGCCGCUGCUGCCGCCCGCCCGCCUUUCCGAAGGCCUGGCGCGGGGCUCCGCUCGCCUUGUUUUGCAGCUACAGCGCAGGGUUGGCCUGGGAGCCACAACAAUGCCAUGAUGUUUUGGAGACAGGAAGCCCCAAGCUGGCCCCGAAUGAAGGACUUCCUGUGUUUAAAGUUGCAGGAAUAUCCGCCGACCAGCCCAGUUCAAAUGCAAACACCCCAGCUAGGGAGGACGAAUGGCUAAUUCAGACCAGCUGGACUCUCCAGGGCUGGAACUGAGGAUAAAAUGAAAGGAAUUCUUAGGAGCUUGGGCCAUACUUGAAGACUAGAGAGGCUGUGCCAUUGUUACUAAAGGAUACAAUCGGCAUAAAUUUGCUGCUCCCAACUCUGCUUCGGUGAGAAGUGAGUGGAACUAGAUACCGAAAAAGACUCGUCAAUAUCAGAUGGUUUUUGUUGACUGUAUUUGAAAGAGCAGUGCUCUUAAAAAAAAAAUUAAACCAUAAGCCAUACAAGGAAUUAUUUUAAAUUAUAUCGGCUGUCAACUAUGAGGCUGCUAGCCUGUGAGGAAAAAACUGUUUGUCUUAGAGUUUCUCCCAGAAUGGUUUCAAAACGGGACUUCCAGGCCUUUCUGGAGGGCAGAUGCAAUUGGUGGUUUGGGGUAUGAACAGCUAAAAGGAUUUAUAACUUAUGUAGAAUGCAUUUGGGGGGAACCUGUGAAAAAUACUUUUGAAAGAUUGAUGGUUCAUCUUGAUUGAAAAAGGAUGGGUAAGCCACUCAGCAGACCAGACUGUUUAAGGCGGAACCCCACCUGCCUGGGGAAAGGAGAGGAGGAGGAUGGCUACAUAGAGGACUGCUAUGUUCCACAACGGUCUAUAUAUGAUACAAUGAGGAUAAAUGAGCAAAUUGACCAGGGGUCAAAGCUUAACCAGACUUCAAAAAGCACCAUGGAAAAGAUGGAAGGAAGUACUAUAUCCAGCAAUGGUACAUUAGGAGCAGCAUCUAAUGUUUUUGAAUCUAGAGCACCAGAAGGUAAGAAGCUGGAUGAGAGGAUAAUAUUUGAUGCACUAAAGCUAAGCAGUGAUGUGCAGAAGUCAGCACCUGUGCCACCCAGAAGGCGGCCAAAUGCAGAACGCAAAGACAAUGUUAACAGGAGAUCGUGGAAGUCCUUCAUGCCACCCAACUUCCCCGAAUUUGCAGAGAGGAUAGAAGCUUCUCUCAGUGAGGUUUCAGAAGCUGGUGCUUCAAAUCCUUCCUUGCAAGAGAAGAAGGAGUCCAGUUCUGCAUUGACAGAAAGUUCUGGUCAUUUGGACCACAGGGAACCUCAGUCAGAGUCAGUAACUCUGGAACAUGUGUCCAAAUCCAUAGGUAUUCCAGAGGUGCAAGAUGUAAAAAACUUAAGUGGAGACUGCGAGGACUUUAGAUUUCAGCAGCACAGUGCAAACCCUCCCCAUGAAUUCCAGCCUGUAGAAUCAGAAGCUGCAGCAACAAGUGGUAACACAGAUGUAAUGCAGGAAUCCAGAUUCUCAAGUGCAACCUGGCCGAGGGCCACAAAAAGUUUAGCUAAGGGAGGCUUCAGUGAGAAGCAGCACCCCCUUGGGGACACAGCCUGCACUGUGGAAAUGCCACCUCUCUCCCCUUGCCUGAGUGAAGAGCUGUUAGAUCCAGAAUUGCAUGUUCUCAUAACCCCCAGCCUGAGAGAGAAAACAGAGUCUGAGCUAAAGUUUGAGGAAGAUGAGCGAUGGAUUAUGAUGGAGGCUGAGGGAGAGUGGGAGGAAGAGAAACUGUCAGACAGGGAAAAGACUUUUCUGAUGGCAGAUGAGAAGAACAGCCUGGCAGAUAUUUUUGAAGAAAGAGAACAAGCAAACACAGCAGUGGUGGAGGAUGGAUCCGAUUGCUUAGCUGCUGUCUUGAGGACUUUUGGCCACCUAUCUCUUGGUCAGAUUUGUUGCCCUGAUGACCCACAGCCAGCCAAGGACCAGUUGGCUACUGUUCCCAAGGGUAUACCCCUGGAUUGCGAUUGUGUUCUUACAGGUGAGGAUAUUCUCGGUGAGGUGGCAAACAGAACUGCUCAGGGGUUAGAGGGACUUGUUUCAGAUUCAGCAUGUACUGUGGGUACUAUUGAUGCAGAACAGCUCUCUGACACAGACUCAGUGCAGAUGUUUCUUGAACUUGAAAAGGAGUGUUUAUGUGAAGAAGGAGUAACUCCUCUAGUUGAGCUACAGAAUCAAACCUCUUCUGAAGGGCUGGCUGCAUCCCAGGAUGCAGAAAAUUUACUUGUAGUUAGUCAUUUUUCAGGGGCUGCCUUAGAAAAGGAACAGCAUUUAGGCCUUUUACAUGUAAGGGCAAAAGAUUAUGAUACUGGAUUGGAUUGUGGAUAUUUUAAUACCCUGGAUUCUUCUCAGGUGCCUAAUGCUGUGGAACUUAUUGCCCACGUUGAUAUCAUGAGAGACACUUCCACUGUUAGCAAGGAGGAAUGUGAAAAAGUGCCUUUUAGCCCCAGGACUGCAGAAUUUAAGUCCAGACAGCCAGCUGAUCUGGAUUCACUGGAAAAGCUGGACCCAGGAGGACUGCUGAACUCUGAUCACAGGGUUUCUCAUGAAGAAAAAUUAUCAGGCUUCAUUGCUUCUGAGCUGGCCAAAGACAAUGGCAAUUUGUCCCUGGGAGACUGCAGUCAAACUGAGAGGAAUGGUGAGGAGUGCAUUGAGAGGGUCACCUUCAGUUUUGCUUUUAAUCAUGAACUAACAGAUGUUACCUCAGGACCUGAAGUAGAGGUGUUAUAUGAAUCAAAUUUACUAACAGAUGAAAUUCAUUUGGAAAGUGGGAAUGUAACUGUUAAUCAAGAAAAUAACAGUCUGACAUCGAUGGGAAAUGUGGUCGCUUGUGAAUUGUCCAUGGAGAAAAUUUGUGAUGAGGAUAGUGAGGCAAAAGAGCUGGAUUAUCAAGCCACGCUUUUGGAGGAUCGAGCUCCAGCACAUUUCCACAGAAACUUCCCAGAGCAGGUCUUCCAGGAUCUCCAGAGGAUGUCCCCAGAGUCAGAGAUUCUGAGUCUGCACCUGCUGGUUGGAGAACUGAGACUUAAUCCAGCUGGAGUGGAAACUGUGAAUGAUAUAAAGCCUGAGCUGAAUGUGGCAUCAUCAGAGGGAGGGGAGAUGGAAAGGAGAGAUUCAGAUUCAUGCCUAAAUAUUUUUCCAGAGAAACAAGUUACCAAGGCUGGUAAUACUGAACCAGUUUUAGAGGAUUGGAUACCCAUCCUCCAGAGGCCUUCCCAGACUGCUGCAGUGCCCACUGUUGAAGAUGCCCUAGAUGCUGCACUGCCCAGCCCAGAGGAGGAUACCUCAGUUGCUGCAGUGCCUGCCCCAGAGGGAAGUGCUGUAGUUGCUGCUAUAGGGCGCUUUCCACAUGAGGACAUCCUAGUUGCUUCAAUAGUCUCCUUAGAGGAGGAGGAUGUCACAGCUGCUGCAGUAUCAGCCCCAGAGAGGGCUACUGUCCCAGCUGUUACAGUGUCUGUCCCUGAAGGGACUGCUGCAGUUGCUGCAGUGUCCUUCCCAGAGGAGACUGCUCCAGCUGUUGCAGCAGCCAUCACACAGGAGGGUAUGUCAGCUGUCGCAGAGUUCUCCCCAGAGUGGACUGCUCUAGCUAUUGCAGUACCCAUCACAGAGGAGGAUAGUACACCAGAAGGGCCUGUCACCCCAGCUACCACAGUGCAUGCUCCAGAGGAGCCUGAUACUACAGCUGUUAGAGUGUCCACCCCAGAGGAGCCCACCUCCCCAGCUGCUGCAGUGCCCACCCCAGAGGAGCCCACCUCCCCAGCUGCUGCAGUGCCCACCCCAGAGGAGCCCACCUCCCCAUCUGCUGCAGUGCCCACCCCAGAGGAAUCUGCUUCCCUAGCUGCUGCAGUGCCCACCCCAGAGGAGCCCACCUCCCCAUCUGCUGCAGUGCCCACCCCAGAGGAGCCCACCUCCCCAUCUGCUGCAGUUCCCACCCCAGAGGAAUCUGCCUCCCCAUCUGCUGCAGUUCCCACCCCAGAGGAAUCUGCCUCCCUAGCUGCUGCAGUGCCCACCCCAGAGGAAUCUGCCUCCGCAGCUGCUCCAGUGCCCACCCCAGAGGAGUCUGCCUCCCCAGCUGCUGCAGUGCCCACCCCAGAGGAAUCUGCUUCCCCUACAGCUGCAGUGCCCACCCUAGCAGAAUCUGCUUCCCCUACAGCUGCAGUGCCCACUCCAGCAGAAUCUGCCUCCUUUGCAGCUGUGGUGGCCACCCCGGAGGAACCCACUUCCCCGGCAGCUUCAUUGCCCACCCCUACAGCUAUGGUGGCCACCCUAGAGGAACUCACUUCCCCGGAAGCUUCAGUGCCCCCCUCUGAGGAGCCAGCCUCCCCAGCAGCUGCAGUGUCAAACCCAGAGGAGCCCGCCUCCCCAGCAGCAACAGUGCCCACCCUAGAGGAACCCACCUCCUCAGCAGCUGCAGUGCUCACCCCAGAGGAACUCACUUCCCCAGCAGCUUCAGUGCCCACCCCCGAGGAGCCUGCCUCCCCAGCAGCUGCAGUGUCCAACCUAGCGGAACCCACCUCAGCAGUGCCCACCCCAGAGGUGGCUGCCAUCCCUGCUGCUUCAGUGCCCACCCCAGAGGUGCUUCCCAUCCCUGCUGCUUCAGUGUCCACCCCAGAGGUGCCUGCCAUCCCAAAUGCUGCAGUGCCACCUAUGGAGGAAGUUUCCCCCAUUGGUGUGCCCUUCCUGGGAGUUUCUGCCCACACUGACUCAGUGCCUAUUUCAGAAGAAGGAACUCCUGUUGUAGAGGAGGCUUCCUCCACUGGAAUGUGGAUCAAGGAGGACCUUGAUUCCCUAGUAUUUGGCAUAAAAGAGGUGACCAGCACAGUGCUACAUGGGGAAGUGCCUCUGGCUGCAACCACUGGAUUAAAUUCAGAUGAGGUAAUUGUUGUCCAUUUUGAUUCUGGGAAGGGUCUAGAGAGUAAAGUGAUUUGCAAGACCUAGUGGUGAUGAGAAAUGGCACAGAUAGUUCUUUUGUUCUUUUUGGGUCUCCUUGGCUUAUAAUUUGUAGUCUUUCUGUUGAGUUUUUGGGGAAAAUAUACUUUAAUUUUGUCUGGUGAAAAACUUUAUAAUUUCAUGCUUCGUUUUCUAUUCAGAUAAGCCAAUCCCAAGGAAAACAGGGAUAUAAACAGUUGUUGAUUUACAUUUUUAAAAAGAUUAUUAACAGGAAAGGGUGAUUCUGCUUUUGAAUUAUACAGUGAGCAUGUUCUUUCCUAAACCAAGAGACAGUUUAUUCAUUGGUGGUUUCAACAUUUAGGUAGAGGCCAGAGUGUGAGCUUUGGAAUGAGACCUGGGGUGCUUCCUAACCACUCUGGGAAAAUUAGUUAGCUAUUCUUGAGUUUCAUGUUUCUUCAUUUGUUAAGGCAUAACUCUGUGAGGAUAAAAUGAGAUACAUUUAAGGUACCAAGCGUAUAAGAUUAGCAAUCACUGGCCAUAUCCUCCCCAUUCUUUUCAAAUAGGUAUGUUGGUUAGUUGAAAGAAUUUACCAAAGCAGAUUGGGGAGAAGCAAUAAAGCUGAAUGAUUAAGAACUUCUAAAUGCAAAUGUGUGUUUCUGAAAACCAGAGCUAGGCAUAAUGUUUAUGAAAAAUAGAGAUAUUUUAGUCUUUGUCAAACUGCCUUUGUGUCCUUA